UGUCGUAAAGCCACCGCUGUUCACUACGACGGAAGCUUGUGUUUAACGGCAGUUCCCUUUGCGGACCAAGGCCUUCCGGCUAUAUUUGUCACAGCGCUUUUUUUUUUAACGCUAGACGUUAGCAUUCGUGUUGCUCGGGAGUGAAAGUAUCUGCUCAAACAAAAUAAAAAUGGGAAUUGAGGAGGAAACGGACCGGACGCUCUUCAUAAGGAAUUUGGAUACGAAAGUGUCGGAGGAGCUUUUGUUCGAGCUGUUUGUACAGGCAGGGCCACUCAUCAAAACCAAAAUCCCCAAAGACCCCGAUGGGAAACAGAAAACAUUUGGUUUUGCUGUCUACAAACACGAAGUGUCCGUGCCGUACGCCAUGCAACUACUCGACGGGACGUCGCUGUACGGGAGAACGAUUCAUGUGCAGUUCCGAUCAGGUAGCAGUCACAGCAGCAGUCCAGGGAACUCGCAGAAUACAAGUCCUGCAAAUAACCCCAAUCCGCAUGGCCAGAGGACCCCGAACCACUUCAGUUCUCCUCCAUACACCCCUCCGACCCAAAUGCAGCGGUCUUUUUCCUCUCCCGAUAAUCUCCAGAAGCACGUCAUGAACAACAUGAUGUGGCUCCAGAUGCAGCAGCUCCAGCAGCUGAAUGACAGCUUCUCUAAGAGGCAGGUACCCGCGGGGGGUAACUCUGGCGGGGGGGCCUCGAGGCAACACGAUAACGCCCCCUAUCGGCACUCGCCGCAGAUGAACAGCAGAGGCAGGAAUCAGCGCUACGCCGAGGAGGCGACUCCCAGCCGCUAUCCGCAGCACGGCCACAGCCGCGACGGCCAUCACUAUCAGAGCGACCGCAGCGGCAACCGUCACCACGACAACCGAGGCGGAAACAGACACCAUGACGAUAAGGGAACCAACCGCGGCUACCAAGAUAGUCGGUGGCGACGGUAGUGGGACACCGAAAGACUUUGCUCCUUCAUACCUCUGUGGACAGCUUACGAAAAGAAAGGGGGGGGAAAAAAAGACAUGUAUUCUCAGGGUGACGUUUGAAGAUUUAAUAACUUAUGCCUUGGGAGACAUUUUUGUUUUUACUUUUAUGACAUUUUAAAAUUUGUACAAUUCUUUUAUGUGAGUUUUUCCUCACAGAUGUCAAAAUACUUUUGAGCUAUGGUAAUAAGAGCAAGGAGACAAAACAGAUAUGAAAGAAAACGUGUAUUUAAAAAAAAAAAAAAACGAGAACAUUGGGGUUUUUAUGUUUAAAAGCUAUUGAGAUGGGGCUGUCAGAAAUUCUUCAGGUACUUUGCAAUAGUUUCCAAAUUCCCAGCUAACUAUUUCCACCAGCACCACUUUUUACGGCAUUAUGUCACCAUCCUUUCUUAAUGUUGGAUCGGCUCACCUUGCUCUUUGUAGAAAAUGGGCUUUAAUUCAAUUUUUUUAUUCUGAGUCUGUGAGACUGACUGUUUUAAAAUGGACCAUUGUCAUAACUAUAAAGCCUCUUUCAUUUGA